AUGUUCGUCAUGUUCUUGAGUUCCUUGCCGUCUGUGGUGCUGCUGUUCUUCGUCGCCGCGAGGAGCGUGUACUAUGCCUUCUUCCACCCCCUUGCCAAAGUGCCCGGACCCAAGCUCUACGCGUUCUGGGACCUGGCUUUCCUGUACCACCUCGUGCGCGGCGAGUGGCCGCACAAGCUGAAGCAGCUGCACGACGAGUAUGGGCCGGUGGUGCGGUACACGUCCAAGCACGUCUCCUUCAUCAGCCCCGGCGCGUGGAAGAUCAUAUACGGCCACCGGAUGGCCGGCCAGGAGACCUUCCAGAAGGACCGCCUUUCUUACCGGCCGACCAUGUCCGGAUACCCGAACAUCUUGAUCGCCAACGAUAGCGACCACCGGCGGCAUCGGCGCCUGCUCUCACACGCCUUCUCCGAGAAGGCCCUGCGCGGCCAGGAAGACAUCAUGAUGCGCUACGUCGACCUCCUGAUGGCCAGGCUCGCCGAGAAGGCCCGCGCCGGCGAGGUGGUCGACAUGGUCCGGUGGUUCAACUUCACCACCUUCGACCUGAUCGGCGACCUCGCCUUCGGCCAGCCGUUCGGCUGCCUCAGCAGCGGCGAGUACCACGCGUGGGUGGCCAUGAUCUUCAAAACCGUCAAACUGGGCGCCUUCCUCGAGGUCAUCCGACGACAUCCGGUCCUGGGCAUCCUCAAGUCACUCCUGGUCCCGACGGAGUUGACGCGCAGCCACGCGGAGCACUGGGCGCUGAGCGAGCAGACGGCCAAGCGGCGGCUGGCCGGCGCCGAUAUGAGACGCGAGGACUUCGUGUCGCAUAUCCUGCGGCACAACGACGAGAAGGGCAUGAGCGAGGGCGAGAUAAUCGAGAACGCCAACCUGCUCAUCGUCGCCGGGAGCGAGACGACGGCGACGCAGCUGAGCGGCACCACCUUUUACCUUCUCACCAACCGGGACAAGUACGACAAGGUAGUGAGCGAGAUCCGCGGCUCCUUCGAGCGCGAGGACGACAUCACGCUGCUGUCUGUCAACGAGCUCGAGUACAUGAACGCCGUGCUCAAAGAAGGGUUCCGCGUUUACCCCCCUGCUCCCCUGGCGUUGCCGCGCAGCACGCCGCCCGAGGGCGAGUACAUUGAAGGAUACUGGAUCCCCGGAAAUACAACCGUGUCAAUCCCCCAUUUGGCAGCGUAUCAUAGCGAGACCAACUUCCGCAACGCAGACAAGUUUGUCCCGGAGCGCUGGCUCGGCGACCCCGAGUACGCCCACGACGCUCGCGGCGUUCUGCAGCCCUUCUCAGUCGGGCCGCGGAACUGCAUCGGCAUGAAUCUUGCCUACGCCGAGAUGCGCCUCAUCCUGGCGCGGCUGCUCUGGAACUUUGACCUAGAGCUCAUGCCCGAGAGCAGGAGCUGGAACGAGCAGAAGAUCUAUUCGCUCUGGGACAAGGGCGCCAUUAACGUGAAGCUCACUCCUGUGCCGAGGGAGUAA